UGUGCAUUGCUGGAAAGGUCUGCAGCCUUUAAAACUCGGCCUCCCUCAGCUUCGAUCGAUCUCGCCAUGCUCGCCUCCGUUUUCAUCCUCGUUGCUUGCUGCACACAAACAGUAGAGACAAGCAAGCACCAUGACGAUCUUGUCAUCUUAUAUCAGAUCACUCCACGAACACGUUCUGAACACUGUCAUUCCACUCAUCAUCACAACCGCCUUCAUCCUCGUGGCUGCACGGUUUGGUUUCGCUGAGCACACAAUCUUCCAUCUCCAUGCCACGCGGUACAUCUACUACCUGCUGCUGCUUGUUGUCGCCUUACUACCACCACCAGCUGCGGCGGCAGUUACUGUCUUUUUCCUUGUGAGCCGCCGCUCACGCCGCAGUGUGUAUCUUGUCGAUUAUUCUUGCUUCAAGCCAAUUUCCGACUGCCGGAUUCCCAUGGCCAUGUUCAGAGAGUACAUGGCGCAUUUCAUGCCGUUCCUCGACGACCGCAGCAUCCACUUCAUCACACGUGUGCUCGACACCUCUGGCCUUGGUGAGGAGACCUGCUUGCCCCCUUCCCUCCGUUACAUACCUCCGAGCUUCGGAUUCAGCCAUGCCCGAGCCGAGGCCGAGCUGGUGGUCUUCUCAACCAUCGAUGACCUGUUACGCAAGACACGCAUCAGCCCAACUGCAAUAGACAUACUGGUAGUCAACUGCUCCCUGUUCUCCCCAACCCCAUCCUACAGCGACAUGAUCAUGAGCAAGUACAAGCUCCGCGACGACAUCCGCAGCGUGCACCUCUCUGGCAUGGGGUGCAGUGCAGGGCUCAUAGCCGUGGGGCUUGCCAAGAACCUGUUGCAGGUCACGCCGAAUGCGGCGUGCGCAUUGGCGGUGUCCACGGAGACGCUCUCGAGCUUCAUGUACAAAGGGAAGAAGCGAGAGAUGCAUCUGCCCAACGUCCUGUUCCGCAUGGGUGGGGCGGCGGCGUUGCUCUCAAACUCUAGGAACAAGGCUCGAUUCCGGCUCAAACACCUUGUGCGCACGAGUACGAGCACCGAAAGCGCGUAUCGGUCGGUGAUACUAGAUGAGGAUGAGGAGGGGAACUUGGGGGUUAACCUUUCCAAGGACAUCAUCGGUGUCUCUGGUGAUGCAUUGAGGAGUGGUAUCAGUGCCAUUGGGCCCCUUAUCCUCCCAGCACCAGAGAAGCUACUGUUUGCCCUGUCAUGGAUGGCACGGAAGGUUCUUGGUGGCAAGGUAGUGCAACCGUACGUUCCAAACUUUUGCAAGGCGGUUGAGCACUUCUGCAUUCACCCUGGUGGACCGGCAGUGAUCAACGCUGUCCAAAAAAACCUGCGCCUGUCUGAAGCCCUUGCCGAGCCAUCGAGGAUGACACUCCACCGAUUUGGGAACACGUCAAGCAGCUCUCUGUGGUACGAGCUAGCGUACAUCGAGGCUAAAGGUAGAAUGCAGAAACGGGAUCGAGUGCUGAUGAUUGCCUUUGGUUCAGGAUACAAGUGCAACGUUGCUGUAUGGGAGUGUAUCCAACCAUCAGAUCAUGCUGAUGGGCCAUGGAGUAAGUGCAUCCAUCGGUACCCAGUGAAAGCAUGACUGAGCUGUUUCUCUUAAUGAAACACGCGUUUAGCCGCGUUCUCUAAAAAGAUAGCAUGGUUGAGCUAAUCGCCACUUGAGCGCUGAGGGUAUGCAAACCCCCCCAAGCCAUCCGACCUUGACAUAUUAAUAAGAUUAAAUGACAUGUAAAUCCAAUGCAAUUAUAUAUGCGGAGUGACAAUAAUCCAAGUAUUUUGUAAACUGAAGUAAAGAGUGUAUGUCUUGGAAUUAUAAAUAUAAUG